GAGGGGGGGGGGUUCCACCGCUCUUGGCUUCCCUCCCUCCCUUCCCCGCCACCCUUCCCCGAGACUCCCCGGCCUUGCUCCACUCGGCCGCGGCGUGAGGUCUAUGUGACCGGCGGGCCCGCAGCCGCAGCCGCCGCCGCGCGAACAUGGACGCCGUCAACGCCUUCAACCAGGAGCUCUUUUCACUUAUGGAUAUGAAACCUCCCAUCUCUAGAGCCAAGAUGAUUCUCAUCACUAAAGCUGCUAUUAAGGCUAUUAAGCUUUAUAAGCAUGUAGUUCAAAUAGUAGAAAAAUUCAUCAAAAAGUGUAAACCAGAAUACAAAGUUCCUGGAUUGUAUGUAAUUGACUCAAUUGUGAGACAGUCUCGUCAUCAGUUUGGAACUGAUAAAGAUGUUUUUGGGCCAAGAUUCUCUAAAAACAUAACUGCUACAUUCCAGUAUUUAUAUCUUUGUCCAUCUGAAGAUAAGAGUAAAAUAGUCCGUGUGCUGAAUCUUUGGCAAAAAAAUGGAGUGUUCAAAAUUGAAAUUAUUCAACCACUUUUGGAUAUGGCAGCCGGAACCAGUAAUGCUGCUCCAGUGGCAGAAAAUGUAACCAAUAAUGAAGGCUCACCUCCACCUCCAGUGAAAGUUUCUUCUGAACCUCCUCAGGCCACUCCAAACUCAAUACCUACUGUGCCACAGUUACCUAGCUCUGAUGCUUUUGCUGCUGUGGCUCAGCUGUUUCAGACAACUCAAGGCCAACAGCUUCAGCAGAUCCUUCAGACUUUUCAGCAGCCUCCAAAACCACAGUCUCCCGCCCUUGACAAUGCUGUGAUGGCUCAGGUUCAGGCUAUCACGGCUCAGUUAAAGACAGCUCCUACACAGCCACCUGAGCAAAAACCUGCUUUCCCCCCACCUGAGCAAAAAACUGCAUUUGACAAGAAGCUGCUUGAUAGAUUUGAUUAUGACGAUGAGCCAGAAGCUGUGGAAGAAUCAAAGAAAGAGGAGGCUGCCGGCAUUGCCACUGUAGCCCCUGCUGCUGCAGCCGCCGCUACUGCUGCUGUGGCCACAGCGGCGCCUCCCGCACCCACCAUGGCCGCCCCAGUUGCUGUUCCUGCUGUGCCUGUGCCUGUGCCUGCUGCCAGCUCUCCUCCUCCUCCACAGGCACCGUUUGGAUUUCCUGGAGAUGGCAUGCAGCAACCAGCAUAUGCACAACAUCAAAAUAUGGAUCAGUUUCAACCCCGAAUGAUGGGAUUACAAGAUCCAAUGCACCAUCAGGUUCCACUUCCUCCUAAUGGACAGAUGCCAGGAUUUGGACUUCUUCCUCCUUCAUUUCCUCCCAUGGCUCCACCUGUGAUUCCUCCAACCCCUCCCGUGCAGCAGACUUUCCAACCUUCUUUUCAGGCACAAAAUGAACCACUUGCACAGAAGCCACAUCAGCAGGAAAUGGAAGUAGAACCGCCUUGUAUUCCAGAGGUUAAGCGGCACAUGGCGGACAACAGAAAGUCAAGAUCUAGGUCAGCAUCCAGGUCACCAAAAAGGAGACGAUCUAGAUCUGGUUCUAGAUCUCGAAGGUCUCGCCACCGACGUUCUCGUUCCCGGUCCAGGGAUAGACGUAGACAUUCUCCUCGAUCUCGGUCACAGGAAAGACGAGAUCGAGAAAAAGAGAGAGAACGUCGGCAAAAAGGCCUUCCUCCAAUCAAAUCAGAAACUGCAAGUGUUUGUAGCACUACACUCUGGGUGGGACAGCUGGACAAAAGAACUACUCAACAAGAUGUUGCCAGUCUUUUGGAAGAGUUUGGUCCAAUUGAAUCAAUUAAUAUGAUUCCCCCCAGGGGUUGUGCCUAUAUCGUUAUGGUUCAUAGGCAAGAUGCCUAUCGUGCCCUGCAGAAACUGAGCCGAGGAAACUACAAAGUAAACCAGAAGUCCAUAAAGAUUGCCUGGGCCUUAAACAAAGGAAUCAAAGCAGAUUAUAAACAGUAUUGGGAUGUAGAACUUGGUGUUACUUACAUUCCAUGGGACAAAGUCAAGCCUGAGGAACUGGAGAGUUUUUGUGAAGGAGGAAUGUUGGACAGCGACACACUUAACCCAGAUUGGAAAGGAAUCCCCAAGAAGCCUGAAAAUGAAGUUGCUCAAAAUGGAGGUGCAGAAAGCUCGCACACAGAACCAAUAUCCCCAGUACCUAACCCUUUACCUGUGCCAGUUCCUCCUAUUCCUGUUCCCGCACCUAUAACAGUGCCACCUCCACAGGUCCCCCCACACCAGCCAGGCCCUCCUGUGGUCGGUGCUCUCCAGCCACCCGCUUUCACACCUCCUUUGGGAAUUCCUCCUCCAGGCUUUGGUCCUGGUGUUCCUCCUCCUCCUCCACCUCCACCAUUUUUACGCCCAGGAUUCAAUCCAAUGCAUUUGCCACCGGGUUUUCUUCCUCCUGGACCCCCACCUCCUAUAACUCCACCAGUAUCCAUUCCUCCUCCUCACACUCCACCAAUAAGCAUCCCAAACUCCACUAUCGCUGGUAUAAAUGAAGACACUACAAAAGACUUAUCUAUUGGAAAUCCCAUUCCAACAGUGGUGUCUGGGGCUAGAGGAAACGCCGAGUCUGGUGAGAGUGCGAAAACGUAUGGCUCUGCUGUGCCACCUGCUGCACCCACGAAUCUGCCCACCCCUCCUGUAACUCAGCCUGUUCCACUUCUUGGCACUCAAGGAGUUGCACCCGGUCCUGUAAUUGGGCUGCAGGCACCAUCUACUGGCCUUCUUGGUGCCCGACCUGGCAUGAUUCCACUCCAGCGCCCCCCUGGAAUGCCUCCACCUCAUCUGCAGCGGUUCCCUAUGAUGCCACCCCGCCCCAUGCCACCACACAUGAUGCACAGAGGUCCUCCGCCAGGACCAGGGGGCUUUGCAAUGCCUCCACCUCAUGGAAUGAAAGGGCCCUUUCCACCUCAUGGCCCCUUUGUCAGGCCUGGUGGAAUGCCAGGGCUUGGGGGCCCAGGGCCAGGCCCAGGCGGACCUGAAGACAGAGACGGAAGGCAGCAGCAACCACAGCAGCAGCAGCCGCAGCAGCAGCAGCCGCCUCCACCACAGCCACAGCAGCCGCCCCCAUCACAGCCGCCGGCGGCAGCUCAGCAGCAGCAGCAGCAGUUUAGAAAUGAUAGCAGGCAGCAGUUCAAUUCAGGUAGAGACCAAGAAAGGUUUGGCAGAAGAUCUUUUGGAAAUAGGGUGGAAAAUGACCGGGAACGGUAUGGGAGCCGUAAUGACGACAGAGAGAAUAGUAGUCGUGAAAGGAGAGAGUGGGGAAGGAGGAGUCCUGACCGGGACAGGCACAGAGACUUGGAAGAUAGAAACAGACGCUCUAGUGGGCAUCGAGACAGGGACAGAGACAGGGAUAGGGACUCUAGAGAUAGAGAGUCUCGUAGAGAGAAGGAAGAAACCCGAGGAAAGGAAAAGCCUGAAGUGACAGACAGGGCAGGAGGUAACAAAGCCAUUGAACCUCCCCCUGGCAAAGUGGGGAAUGUAGACACUGUUUCAGAACUUGAUAAAGGGGAGGCCCCGGCCCCGGCCCCAGCGGUAAAGCCUUCCGAAGAGUCGCCUGCUGAGGCUACCUCAUCCGUUGAACCCGACAAGGAUUCUGGCUCAGCAGCAGAGGCUCCUCGCUAGAGACUAGAACUUGACAAAUGUGACGGUGACACUUGUGGUGUGUAGAGCUUGAGGUGUACAAAAGCUGUAUUAUAUUUGCUCCUGCUAAUCGCAGCCCCACAGUAGUUAGUGGGGAAUUGUAAGCAAUUUGAUUGCUUCCCUUCUAUUUAAAAAUAGCCACAAAAUAACAAAAAAAAAAAUACUGAAAAUAUGAAUAUUACCCUUUUUGCUGUAACUUUUUAAAAGUUUUGACUUUAAAAAGUUUACAAAUCGUAAUUAGAAGUGCUCUCUAUUUUUUUUUUAAUUUAAGACAAGGUAACGGUGAAAGCUCCUCAAAACAAUAGGGAUGUUUUUAAUAAACUCUAUUUUCGUAACAAA